GGCAGUGCCCUGCCAGCAGCAAGGGAGGAAGGAGCUAGGUCAUGGAAGAGAGGAGAAGCCUGAUGCAGGAGCAGCGUCUGACACUGCUGCGAGAUGAAGAAUCCCCGGUUUAUUGUCAACGUAAACUAAAGCUAGCCCUGAUAGGUCAGAGUCUUUUUGGACAAGAAGUCUACAGUCACCUGCGAAAAGAGGGUCAUAAAGUCGUAGGAGUUUUCACAGUUCCAGACAAGAAUGGACAAGCAGAUCCUUUGGCACUUUCAGCAGAGAAAGACGGCACCCCUGUUUUCAAGUUCCCCAGAUGGAGAGUUAAGGGCAAGCCAAUCCAGGAAGUAGUUGAAGCCUAUCGAUCUCUUGGAGCAGAGUUAAAUGUCCUUCCAUUCUGUACACAGUUCAUCCCUAUGGAUGUUAUUGACUAUCCAAAACAUGGCUCAAUUAUCUAUCACCCAUCCAUCCUUCCCCGGCACAGAGGAGCUUCUGCUAUCAACUGGACUUUAAUCCAAGGAGAUAAGAAAGCAGGAUUUACUGUUUUCUGGGCUGAUGAUGGUCUGGACACUGGACCAAUUCUUCUGCAACAAGAAUGUGAUGUAGAACCAAAUGAUACUGUGGAUGACCUGUAUAAUCGCUUUCUUUUUCCGGAAGGAGUGAAAGCUAUGGUAGAAGCUGUCCAGCUAAUUGCUGAUGGUAAAGCUCCUCAGGUGCCUCAGCCUGAAGAAGGGGCGACUUAUGAGGGGAUCCAGAAGAAAGAAAAUGCACAGAUUUCUUGGGACCAGCCUGCAGCUGCUUUGCACAACUGGAUCCGAGGGCAUGAUAAAGUACCAGGAGCCUGGACGAUGAUAGAUGACCAGGCGGUUACUUUCUAUGGGUCCUCACUGCUUGAUGGCUCAGUGCCUUCUGGGCAACCUUUGGCAAUAGAAGGUGCUAUAAAACCAGGACUUGUAACCAAAAAUGGGCUAGUACUCUUUGGUAAUGAUGGAAAGAUGUUGCUUGUGAGAAACUUACAGUUUGAAGAUGGAAAAAUGAUCCCUGCAUCUAAAUACUUUGCUGCUGGUGAAACAAGUGCUAUUGAACUAACAGAAGAGGAAAAAAAGAUGGCAGAAGACAUUAAGUCCAUUUGGGUUGGAAUUUUGACUAACAUUCCUGUAAUUGAGGAUUCUACUGACUUCUUCAAAUCUGGAGCAUCCUCUAUGCAUGUUGUCAGAAUGAUUGAAGAGAUCAAACAAAAGUAUAGUGGACUUCAACUGCAGAAUGAAGAUGUGUAUAUGGCCACUAAGUUUGCAGACUUUAUUCAGAUGCUUGUGAGGAGAUUGAGGGGAGAGGACAAAGAAGAAGAAUUAAUCAUAGAUUAUGUUUCAAAAACUGUAAACAAUAUGACUGUGAAGAUGCCUUAUCAGUGUUUUAUAAAUGGACAGUUUAUGGAUGCUGAAGAUGGAAAAACAUAUGCCACAAUAAACCCAACAGAUGGAUCAAUAAUAGCUAAGGUAUCUUAUGCUUCGGUGGAGGAUGUUGACAAGGCAGUAGCAGCAGCAAAAGAUGCAUUUGAAAAUGGUGAAUGGGGAAAAAUGAAUGCAAGAGAAAGGGGAAGAUUAAUAUACAGACUUGCAGACCUAAUGGAGAAACACCAAGAGGAAUUAGCAACAAUUGAGACCAUUGAUUCAGGAGCUGUCUACACUUUAGCUUUGAAGACCCAUGUUGGCAUGUCUGUGCAAACAUUCCGAUACUUUGCUGGGUGGUGCGACAAAAUUCAGGGCUCUACAAUCCCAAUUAACCAUGCACGCCCAAACCAUAACCUAACCUUCACCAAGAAGGAACCCAUAGGUGUCUGUGCAAUAGUUAUUCCCUGGAAUUACCCUUUGAUGAUGCUUGCAUGGAAGAGUGCAGCAUGCUUGGCUGCAGGCAACACAUUAGUUCUCAAACCAGCACAGGUGACUCCUCUGACUGCCUUAAAGUUUGCAGAGCUGUCUGCUGAAGCAGGAUUUCCAAAGGGUGUUAUAAAUAUUCUGCCUGGUUCAGGUGGUUUAGUGGGACAGCGCUUAUCUGAACAUCCAGAUAUUCGCAAACUUGGAUUCACUGGUUCAACUCCAAUUGGCAAACAGAUUAUGAAGAGUUGUGCAGUCAGUAACCUGAAGAAAGUCUCUCUCGAACUUGGCGGCAAAUCCCCAUUGAUUAUAUUCAAUGACUGCGAUCUUGACAGAGCUGUGAAAAUGGGCAUGGGAGCAGUGUAUUUCAACAAGGGAGAAAACUGUAUUGCAGCUGGGAGACUGUUUGUGGAAGAAUCAAUUCAUGAUGAGUUUGUCAAGAGAGUGGUGGAUGAAAUCCAAAAGAUGAAAAUUGGUGACCCACUCGAUAGAUCCACAGAUCAUGGCCCACAGAAUCACAAGGCACAUUUGGAAAAGCUGUUGGAAUACUGUGAAACAGGUGUGAAAGAAGGAGCCACCUUAGUGUAUGGAGGAAGACAAGUAUGUAGACCAGGUUUCUUCAUGGAACCCACUGUAUUCACAGAUGUUGAAGAUCAUAUGUAUAUUGCCCAGGAAGAAUCUUUUGGUCCUGUAAUGGUAAUUUCUAAGUUUAAGGAUGGGGAUGUUGAAGGAGUGCUGCAACAAGCAAACAACACAGAAUGCCUUAGCUCAGGAGUUUUCACAAGAGACAUAAACAAAGCUCUCUAUGUCAGUGAAAAACUAGAAGCUGGGACAGUUUUCAUCAACACAUACAAUAAAACUGAUGUGGCAGCACCAUUUGGUGGAUUCAAACAAUCUGGAUUUGGAAAAGAUUUAGGUGAAGAAGCUCUUCACGAAUAUCUCAGAACUAAAGCUGUCACUUGUGGAGUAUUAAAGAAAUAGCCUCAAUGAAAAACUAAACGCUCUGCUGAUAGUCUCAGUUUUAAGUACCCUAGUAUGCAUUUGAUAUAAUGCCCAAAAUAUGGUGGGUAGUUUUUAUUAUUUCAGACAGCACAAAUACUGGCCCCCCCCAAAACAGAUACUUAGGCCCAAAUUGAAAGUCCCACUAAAGUCCCAAGGAGUUAUGUAAUUAAUUUGAAUAGGACUACAAUCUGGUCUUAGUUAUUAUAUAAAGGUCAUCAAACCCAAACCUGUAGUUCUUAGCUUAGGCAAUGAAUGUUUUGCCUACAUAUAAGAACUGAAGAAUUGGGCCCCAUGUGCUAGUUUAUUUUUAUUCAUAGGGGACUUAUUAUUUUAAUCUUUUAGUAUUUAGUCUUUAGACUUCUCUUAAAGCAGAAUGUUAAAAUGCUUAUUAUACAGUUGUUAUAAAAUAAGUCAAUUUUUUUUUCAGUAGCAAUUAAGUAUACUGCUGGGCUGACUUACCAGUAGUAUAUGAAAACUUUGUGCCAUAAAAACUGUAUAUAAAUGCAAGGAAGUGCACUUAUGACCUUUGUAUAGUACAUACAGAGCUCACAAUUGUGUUAAAACUAUGCAUAAUAAACUAAAAUGACUGAA